CAUCAGUCGAUGAUCAGCAUUACGCUUCCCCAAGGGUUAUUCAAGACAAGGCCUAAACGCCCCAGAACUCUCCCGCCAGCCAACCGGAAGCCACAGCAUUCAGGCGGCUCUAUUUUUCAACGGUCAAGCUGCAAGAAUGGCAAAACGAAAUGACUCGGAAACAAGGAUUCCAGUCUAGGGGUCGGUCAUAUUGCCGAAGAAUAAUGGCGGUAGUGAUACGGCGAAUGCUCCGAUGAGCUCGGCCCAUGACGGGUGGUGUGAUCAGCAACAAGUUUGCAGACUUUGAGCGAGACUAUAAGACCUAGGAAAAGCCCCUCCCACUGAAUACUUUCGUACUGGGCUUUCACUCCAGGUCUGAUAGAAGUUUGUGGUAUGAAUAUAUCUGCAACAUGGAACGACUUCCAGGUUUCAACGUAGCCAAUGUGCUAGAGAAGCGAUCGUUGUUGAUCGCAAUCAACUGCGUUGCAGCACUCUCCAUUUUCUUUUUCGGCUAUGACCAAGGCAUGAUGGGCGGUGUCAAUAACGCCAAAAACUAUAUCGACUUGAUGGGUUUCGGCUACGUCGACCCUGUUACGGAGGAGCCCAUUGUCACGAACAGUCUUCUGCAAGGCGGCAUCGUUUCCGUCUAUUAUCUAGGAACGCUAUUCGGCUGUUUGCUGGGAGGGUGGGUCGGCGACAAGGUUGGUAGAAUAAAAACGAUUGCCAUUGGGACAGUUUGGGCUAUAAUCGGGGCGUGCCUCCAGUGCUCAGCAAUGAACCAUAACUGGAUGAUUUGCGCUCGAGCUAUAAAUGGUAUCGGUACUGGUAUUCUCAACGCCAUUGUGCCUGUAUGGGCUACCGAAACUGCUGAGCACACUUCCCGCGGACAGUUUAUUGCUAUCGAGUUUACGCUAAACAUAUUUGGUGUUGUUGUAGCUUACUGGUUAGAGUUUGGGUUGUCAUACGUUGACAACGGCAAUAGUGCUAUUCGCUGGAGAUUUCCGAUUGCCUUUCAGAUCAUUCCUCUCUUGAUCCUCUUGGGUGUGGUAUGGUUCUUUCCCGAGUCACCGCGCUGGCUGGUGAAAGUUGGCCGCGACGAGGAGGCGAGAUACAUAUUGCAUCGUCUCCGAGGCUCUACCCACGAGGAUGCCAAGCGUGCAGAUCUCGAAUAUCAAGACAUUCGCAAUAUUGUUCAGCUGGAGUCGAAGGAGUCCUCGAAGAAUUCCUAUUACCAUAUGCUGUUUGGUAUCGGUUCUGGCGAGCUGCAUACUGGACGACGUGUGCAACUUGUGAUCUGGCUUCAGAUCAUUCAGGAAUGGGUAGGAAUUGCUGGCGUUACCAUCUACGCGCCAACCAUUUUUCGCAUUGCCGGCUUCGAUACAGUCAAGAGCCAAUGGAUCAGUGGGCUAAAUAAUAUUUUCUACAUGUUCGCGACACUCAUUUGCGUGUUUACCCUUGAUCGCAUUGGUCGCCGAUGGACGCUAUACUGGGGCGCGGUUGGACAAGGUAUUGCCAUGUUUUUAGCCGGAGGUUUCUCGCGCCUUGGGCAAGACGCGACCAGCGCCGGUGACCUCUCCAAGGCGAACUCAUAUGGUGCUGCUGCCGCGUCGUUUGUGUUCAUUUUUACCUCAAUCUUCGGCGCUACCUGGCUUACAGUACCAUGGCUAUAUCCUGCCGAGAUAUUUCCUCUUUUUGUUCGCGCCAAGGGCAACGCGUGGGGAGUGGUAGGUUGGAGUAUCGGUAACGGAUGGCUUACACUAUUAUGCCCGGUCAUGUUCAACGCCAUUGGAGAAAAAACUCUGUACAUUUUUGGCGCGUGCAAUUUUGUCGCCAUUCCUAUUGUCUGGGCCCUAUAUCCCGAGAGCAACCAGCGAACACUCGAGGAGAUGGACCUACUGUUUGCGGCGAAGACACCAUGGGUCUGGGAUGCCGAGAAGACCUUUGCGCGACUCAAGGCUGAACAACCCGAUCUGGUUCAUGCUGCGAAGAAAGGAGAAGGAGUCGUAGAUCAGGAGAGUGGCUUACAGACGCAUCAUAGACGCGGAGAUGUUUCUGUGCACGAAGAGAAUCUGCAUAAAGUGUCUUCUUAGACUUCGAGUAUAACGGCGAAAACGAGUAUAGUAAAAGGUUGCAAUUUAUCGAGGCAGACGCUGGAAAAUUGACCAUUCUUAGUGGCUUGAAAUGCGCAAUGCCGAAAACAACGGGCUCUUCCGAUCCCUUCAUUGGAUAUAUAUUUCUAUAACAGGGUUGAAGUUGCCUUCGUACCUUUUAAGCGGGGUACAAAUUAUCGCCGGUCGGCAGCGUUGCGCAAAGUUGCCGAGGUUCACCAAUUAGCGUC